UUCUUGAGAAUAAUGCAAAACCAGAGCUUUGUCAAUGAGUUCAUACUCCUUGGGCUUUCACAGAACACAAAAGUUGAGAAAAUAUUGUUUGUUGUAUUUUUGUUAAUCUACUUUGUAACUAUUUGGGGCAACAUGAUAAUUGUGGUGACCAUCAUCUAUAGUUCUUCACUGCUUACUUACCCGAUGUACUUUUUCUUAAUAUUCUUGUCCUUACUGGAUGCAUGCACUUCAUCUACUGUCACACCCAAGAUGAUUGCAGACUUCUUCUAUGAGAGGAAGACCAUUUCAUUUGAAUAUUGUAUGAUACAACUAUUUGCUAUACACUUCUUUACUGGGACAGAGGUAAUUGUUCUGACAGCCAUGGCCUAUGACCGCUAUGUAGCCAUUUGCAAGCCCUUGCACUAUACUUCCAUUAUGACCCGAAGGCUCUGUAGCAUUUUGGUGGCAAUAUCCUGGGCAGGAGGUUUUUUACAUUCUAUCAUACAAAUUACCUUUACUUUGCAGCUGCCCUUCUGUGGACCUAAUGUCAUUGAUCACUUCAUGUGUGACUUGUUCCCAUUAUUGAAGCUUGCCUGUACUGACACACAUAUAUUUGUCAUUUUGGUUUUUGCUAACAGUGGAUCUAUUUGCAUCAUAAUCUUCUCUAUUCUACUCAUCUCCUAUGCUGUCAUAUUGUACUCUCUGAGAGCCCACAAUUCUGAAGGGCGACUUAAAGCUCUCUCUACCUGUGGGUCCCACAUUACUGUUGUGCUUUUGUUCUUUGUAUCAUGCAUAUUAAUAUAUGCAAGACCUACAUCUGCCUUCUCUUCUGAAAAAAAUGCACUUGUAUUUGCUACAAUCAUGACACCAUUUGUGAAUCCUAUGGUUUACACUUUUAGGAAUAAGGAAAUGAAGAAUGCUAUCAGGAAAAUGUGGAGAAGACUGAUAAUGCUUUCUGGUGACUAUUAA